GAGCCGGGUAGGGGCUGCCAUGGAUACACUUGGGUGCAACUGGACUCCAGGCGCCAGCUUUCCUCUGUUCCCGGCACAGCCGCUACCCCCAAAGUUACUGCUAUUGCUGUGGCUAUUGUUGCCUUUGCCAGUGAGGUCUCCGGAUGUCCCAGAGGGAUGGCAUGCGGACCAGGAAUCCAUGCCCUCCUGGGCUUCACUCCAUCAACUCCAGUGCUACUAUAUGAAGCCCAAGGAGUACAUGAACUGCACCUGGGCACCCAGCUUGGACCCUGACAUUCCUUAUAACUUCUACUUUCAGAGCUUAAAGUAUCACUCUAAUAGGAUCCAAAAUGUCACAGUGCCCAGAGAUCAGAGCUGGGUCAUUGUGGAACGGGAGCACCUCACCAUCGCUGACCAAUACCUUGUAUGGCUGAGCCCAAAGGACAAGACUUCCCAGCCUGGCGACCCAGCGCCACUCAACUUGUCUUUGGAUCACAUAGUAAAGCCUGAGCCACCAAAACUAGGCCAAGAAGUAGAGUUCUCUAAUGACCCUACAGAGGUCACUGUGACUUGGACCCUCCCUGACUGGCCUUCCCAUGAGAAUUUCGAGUGUCAGCUCCGCUUCCGGGAGGUCUCUGCUUCAAUAUGGCAAAAGGUGGAGUCUAGAAAUUUAUUUCAUGAGCUUCAGGGCUUAAAGCCAGCCACAGUUUAUGAAACAUCCUCCCGCUGCCGGCUGCAAAACAACAUGGGCUUUUGGAGUGACUGGAGUGCCAUCCUGAAAUUCCAAAGCCUCCCAGCUGCCCCAACCGGCCAAGUGGAUGUGUGGAUCUUUGGGUCACCCUGCAGCAGCUCACGUCCCCAAGAAGAGCCCUAUGUAUUGCUAUGGAAGAACCUCAUGCCUGGGUUGGGGCUCAGCUAUAAGGUGGUAUUCCAGGUACCAGGUGAAGACCUGCACUCCAAAGUUGUACCCUGCUGCAAUGUCACCCUUCCCAAAGGCACAGAGUGGAUAUCGAUAGUGCCUUUCAAUAUUACUGGCCAGGGACAUACAUCUAACCUUACUUUGGCUUGUUCAGGUUCUGCUCCUAAGAAGGUCCAAGUACACAGCAUGCAAAAUCAGGGGAUGUUGGUCACAUGGGCUCCAGAGCCACAGGAACACCAGGAGUUUGUAAUAGAGUGGAUCCAAGAAGAGAUGUCUCCUCAGGGGCUCAACUGGACCCGUCUACCAAAGGGGAAUCACAGCAUUCUGUUGAGAGGAAACUUCAAGAAAGGAGUUCCAUACCGUGUGACUGUGAGCAGUGUCUCUCAGAAGGGCCUGGCUUUUGCCUCUCCAGUCUGGGGGUACAGUCAGGAGAUAGCACCCCUAGAAGGGCCAACUCUGUGGCAGAUUCCAAAUUCUGCCAGUGGAGCACUGACUGUAGCAUGGGCUGAGCUCCCCAGAAGAAAGCGUGGGGGAUACUUCACACACUACACCGUAUAUGUGCAGCCAGAUUUGGGGUCCCCCACCCUUCUGAAUGUGAGUGCAGAUACCAGAAAUAUAACCCUGUGGGACCUGCCUGGAGGAUACUAUAAGAUGUGGGUGAUAGCAUCCACCAUUGCUGGUCCUGGACAGCCUAGCCAGAUCCUGCAAUUCUUCCUCCCUGAGAAUAAUUUGGAAGAGUGGAAAGUGCUGCUGAUUGUCCUGCUGUUCUGUGUCAUGUUAUUGCUGAUUUGCUGCCUGGGUUUGGCAUUUUCUAAUUGCUGCCUCCAACUCCGUCACAAGCUUCUGCCACACUGGGUCUCUGAAAGAAUCCCUGAUCCCUCCAAUAGCAAGAGCUUGCAGUCUUGGGGAGAGGAGCUUCCCCAGGCUUCACCUCCCAAGGAGGCCCUUUUCCUAGAAGUGGAAGAAGUGGAGACUCCAAUAUCCCCAGCCCUCCAGGCUCCAGAGGCUGCCAUCCCACUUGCCUCUGGAUAUGAGAAACAUUUCCUGCCCACACCUGAAGAGCUGGGCCUUCUGAGCCUGCCCAGAUCACAAACCUCUACCUGUCCUGGACUAUGAAACUGCCGAGAGGAUAGAUCUAUGAUGUAGAGGAACCAAGCUCAGGAUCAAGGCAUCGUGGAGGCAGGGGAACCAAGUCUCAAAACCAUAGAACAUCAAACCUGGAAAAGGUUUAGCAAUCUUCUUGUCUGUUCCAUCUGCCAUCUUACAGAAAUAGAGACUAAAGGGGCAAGGAGAGAGUGAAAGAAGAUGGGCCAAGGCCAUAUAACAAGUUAGAAUCAGGGUUGGGACUCAAUCUUGACCCCUAUUGCACCUACUAAGUCCUUUUAUGUUUUGGGAGAACUUUAGAAAAAUCCUUGUGUGUUAGUCUGGUCAUUUGGAGCACUUGGGGAGAAAAGGACAUGACUUCCCACGGUGAGUUAGAAAGUUUAGGGCUGGAAGGGACCUCAAAGGUCAAAUAGUCUACCUCCAUUCCUCUUGUAGAGUAGGAAUAGAAGUGCAGAGAGAGGGAGCUUUCCUCAAGGUUGCAUGGCUCAUUAGAAGCAGGAGAACGCAACAAGACCUAAGCGCCUGACCCUAAAUCUAAGACUUUCUCUCUUUUGGCCUACAUUCCUCAUUCAUCCUACCCACAUUUAUGAGCACAGGAUUUAGUUGUCUCUCCCCUGCCCCCAAAUCUUGUAUGGCCUCCCCACUGCGAUGGGACCAAGUCCAAACCCUUCUUCUUUACGUUCAAGAGCCUACAAUCUUGUCCCAGCUCUCUAGAUUGCUUCCCACGGCUUCUCUCUGCCCCCCACCUCACUGCAGAACCCAACAGUCUAUAUAUAUAGCUUAUCAUUCAUAUCUAAAACACAUUCCCACCACAUCUCCAGAUUUUAGUUCCCUCCAUUCACUCUUCCCUUAUCCCCUGAACCUCUAAUCCAUCCUUUCAGACUUGCAGAUGUCACCUCCUUUAGGAAGCCUUCUCUCCAGAAUGGAUUUCCUCCCUCCUCUCUACUCUCCAUAGACUCCAUUUGUACCACUCUCACUAAUACAGAUUAUAUGUCACAUUGGUCUUGGAUUCUAGCUGCCUUAUCUCAGACUGGGCUGCAAAGUCCCUGAGGGGCAGGAUCUAGGACUUCUCCAUCCUUGCUUUUUCCCCAGUGUGACCCAGAAUCAGAGGCACUUAAGGACACAGAAUUAACAUCCAUUGAGAGCUUCAAGGAAUCUUGAAAACCCUCCAGUCCAAGCCUUUCAUUUCAUAGAUAAAGAAACUCAGGCCUGUUAUAGAUGUUAAGUGAUAUAUGGCUAAGGUCACUCAAGUGGUGAGACAGGGGUGGGAUUUGAACCUGGUUUUUUUAAAAUUCUAAAUCCAAUGCUCUUCCUAUUUCACAAUGCUGCUUAAUGAUUGAACUGAGGGAAACUAAGGCCCCCGGGAGGUGUUGGCCAGGGAAAAGGUACACCAUGAUCCCACCCAGAUCCCAAGGUACCAGUCCACCAUUGUGGACUUGAAAUCAUGAAAGCUUGAGAUCAAGUUCUUUCUAAGCCCCUUCCUAGCUGAGUUAACCACGGACAAGUCACUGGAUCAUCGUCUCAUUGGUAAUAUGAUAAGGAUAAUAAUAGCACCUACCUCAUAGGGUUGUGAGAAUCAAAUGAGAUCACGCCUGUCAGGCGUUUCACAAACUUUAAAGUGCCAUAGAAAUGCUAGCUAUUUAUUAUACAUUAGUCCUAUCUACUUGUUUACCAUUAUUCCUAGCUCAAGUUUCACAGAAGGACUUCUACUCUCACCAUGCACCUUGAUGACAGCUCCCAGGAUUCCCAUCCAGAAGGGACCUUGUCUUCUCACUUCCUUUUGCAAAUGAGAAAACCGAGACCCAAAUCCCUAGUGAGGAGCAGACUCCACCGCACUGCUAUGUAACCAUGACUUAGAGCUGGAUGUCAGUCUGAGCAGUCAUUCAGUUCACCUUUUUCAUAUAAUAGAUGAGAAAAUGGGAUC